CGUAAGAAGGAGGGGGAAAAAAAAGUCAUCAUGGCCCACAAAAACGACCUCCAGAUCUCCAUCCGUGAGUACCGACCCUCGGAUCAGCGCGCCGUGGCCGAACUAUUUCGCGACGGAGUCCGCGAGCACAUCUACCCGGCCUUCUUCAAGUCCAUGGUCCACCCCGACCACGUGGGCGUGGCGCUGAGCCUCUCCAUGGCGGGCUACGUGCUGGGGGGCAGCUCCUACUUCCAGGCGCUGCUCUUCGGAGCGGCGUGGGCGGGGCUUAUCUACUUCUGCUGCCACGAGAUCUACGAGGGCUACCUGGCCAGGAGGCUGGCCGCAGACAUGGCCGACAUCUGGUCGAGCUACACGGAGAACCCGGAUAACGGAUUCUGGGUGGCGGAGGCGGACGGGCGCGAGCCUCCCAGGGUGGUUGGCAUGGUGGCGGUGAUCGGACGAAGGGUAGGGGAUAACGCCAACGGCAGAGUGGCGACGGGCAGCUCGGACAACGAGGGCGGGGCUACCGGGGAACUGUCCCUGGUGGUCGUGGCGUUCCCUUGGCGGCGCGAAAAACUGGGCUCCCAGCUGACCCAGCGAGCUUUAGACUUCUGCAAAGAGCGAGGCUUUGCUCGCCUCGCCCUGGACAUCAGCUCGCCACAGUCGGGCGCCGCCUCUCUGCUCCGGAAGCUGGGCUUCGUCCAGACGUCGUCGCACGGCGUCACGCACGCCAACCGACUUAUCUCCAUUCUGGCCCGAAUCACCGUGGGCCGCAUGGAGAAAGUCCUCUGAGACACUCAAAGUCACAUUUCCACUUCCUGUUUCCCUAAAUACCGUCCUACGCUCUACAUAAAUAAAACACAAGACCUCAAGUCGACGCCUCCUUUGUUCCCCCGAAAAAGGCAAAUUAACUUUUCAGUGACCUCGUUACAAGGCACGACGUGGCAUCUGUAAAGCCGCUGACGCUCAGAAAAUAUCCGAUUGAAAAACCACCAAAGUUUCUGAGAACUUGAGCGAGGAGUUGGGCAGAAGGAAGGAAACGCUGGACAUCGAGCCUUCAAUGAAUGACGUAACACAACAAACACGUUAGAUUGUUCAACAAUAUUAUGAAAUCACUCCGAUAAAUAUUCAUCUUUCAUUAAAGUAUAAUAUUUCAUUUUAUUUGAAAUAAUUUUGUACGAAAUUUACAUUUCAGUUGAAUAAGAUAUCAACAAACAUAAUUAAUAAUAACUCAUGUUUUAUUUGAAAUAUAUUUUUUUAAAAUCUACACUUUUUAAUAAAAUAUACAUAUUUUUCAUUCAAUUAUUAAAAUAAAUAGUACAAAAUUCAACUUCUCUAAUUUCAU